GCGAUAAAUGAUUCUUUCUGCUAUUCGUGAUUAACAGUAAGCUAGUAGCUUCUCAAAAAGAAUAGAAAAAUGGCUUCGGAGCUUCUUUCAAAUAAUAAUACGAGUUCUGCCGCUAAAAGUUUUUAUCUUUCAAUGAAAACGUGCACUAUACUUAUUGGAACAUUUGGUACUGUUGGUAAUGCAGCUAUUUUGGCUAUGGUUGUUCAAGAUAAAUCUUUACGUAAAUGCAGAUACGCAUUUGUUGUGGCUCUUACCAUUAUCGACCUAAUUUUGGCUAUAAUUAGUACUUUUUUAGCCGUUUUGCGACUUGCUUUCCAGCAAAAUUUCCAUCAUCCGGCCCUUCAAUAUAUUUUAUAUAAAGAUAAUUUCCUUUGUGCCUUUUUUCGCUUAGCGCCAUUUGCUUUCCUUCAUUUGUCAAUUUGGACUUUGUUUUGUGUCUCAUUAGAACGUCUAAUCGCUGUUAGAUUUCCUUUUAAGCAUGUACUCAUCUUUACAAAAAGGACGGUUAUAUGCCUCCUAUUGGUUAUUUAUAUACCGUCAAUUAUUCUAACUCUCAUGUCUAUAUUCCCAAUCAAUCCCGGAAGUUCAAUUCCUGUGGACAGACGACCCAAGGUAUUCUGUUCAGGAAUUAUAGCAGCUAGUCACAAACGUUGGAUAAUCACCGUAAUGAUUGGUUUAGGUUUACCAACCAUUCUCGUUGUUUCGACAUCCUAUUGGGCAGUUUUAAUUGCCAACAAUCAUUCGAGAAAAAUGGAGGCGAAACGUCAAAAUUUGGCCUAUAUUCAAGGCAAAUUUAGAUCUGCUAAUUGUGGCCAUAGAGAAAGGAGAGAUAUGGGAAAGAAAGAAGACAAUUGCGAAGGAUACGAGAAGAAACAUUGCACUAGAAUUUUUCGUUCAAUGACAUUUUCAAUCAGUAUGAUUGCUAUUGAAGAUGCAACAUUUAGCCUUCAAAAGCAACGUAGGAGUAUCUCUUUUGAGUCCUUAGAUACAAUUGAUAAAGAAUGGUCAAAUGAUAUUUUAACAAAACUCAAUGGAAUGAAUAACGCAAAAAGUGAAAAAGAUACAACUUCUACAAUUUCUUCAAGAAAACAAUCUUUAUCUUUGGAUAGGUGUUCAACAAGCAAACUACCGAAAAAUUCUACUAAGAAUUGGUCACCAAAAGCUAUUAAAUUCCUUUCGAUGGUUCUCAUCUUUCAAGUGAUUUUAAGAUCUCCAGCCGUCGUAACAAGCGGUCUCAGAAUGCUUUGUGUUGGUUGUAAUAGACAAAAUUUAGCUAUUGCAGAUUCGUUCUGCGGUCCCGUUCAACUAUUGACAAUCAUGCUUAAUCCAUUCGUUUUCACAUUAAGAAAUCGACCAUUCCGUCAAGCUGCUAAUAAUUUUUUCGGUCAAUGUUGUAAACGUUAAAAAACAC